AUGCUCCGUCUAGUCCCUGUUGUUGUUGCACGACAAGCUCCGACGUUCAUUCGGAGGCAGUGUCGCUUUGUUUCUUCCAAAGUGGUGGUGUCGUCUCAGGAGGAAGCCGCAUCUUCCCCCUUUUUGGCCAAGACGGUAGUGAAUGACAAGCAUAUUCUUCAAGCGGAUGAACCUACCAGUGUUGGCGGACAAGAUCUAGGACCUUCGCCGUAUGAUUUGUUGCUCUCGGCGUUGGGCUCAUGCACUGUCAUGACGUUGCGCAUGUACGCAGACCGCAAGCAGUUGCCCUUAACGGGAAUCUCGGUAGUUUUGAGUCACAACAAGGUGCACAAGAAGGACUGCGAAGAAUGUGGUGACACAGAAAAGAGCAAGAGUCCACUGUUUGAUCGCAUCGACCGCAUCAUCUCACUAGAAGGCGACGAGUUGACCGAGAAGGAACGGACCAGGCUGUUGGAAAUUGCCAACAAGUGUCCCGUCCAUCGUACCUUGGAACAAGGACAAGUUGUAGUAGUCUCUUCUUUGGCAGAGUAA